ACUAUCGAUUAAUUCGAUUAAAUAAUGAGUUGGAAGCUUUGCUUGUCCAUGAUUCUACUACUGAUAAAAGUAGCGCAGCCAUGGAUGUUCACGUGGGAAAUCUCUUGGAUCCGGAUGAUUUAUUAGGUCUUGCUCAUUUCUGUGAACAUUUGUUAUUCAUGGGUACUGAAAAGUAUCCAAAAGAAAAUGAAUAUAAUAAC